AUGAAUUCCACGCAUUCAGAGGCUCAGGUCACACAGUUUGGACAAGCAAUUCGAAUCAACAACAAUACGGCUGCCACGCUUUCUGCAUUGUUUUCGUCAAGUAUUGGUCCAUUUGGAAGUUACAAGGCACUAAUCUCCCCUGGACAGACUCUUCGUAUCACAAAAGAUGGAAAUACUCUGUGCAGGGAAAUUCAAUUCACGCAUCCUACAUCGAUCAUCAUCACAAGAGCAGCAACAUCUAUGUACACCACAUUUGGAGAUGGGUCAACAACGCUGAUUGUUCUAUGCUGUGGAAUAUUCAAUGAUGCAUUCCGACACUUCGAAAAUGGGGUUCCGAUCCCCAGAAUAUGUGCUUCGCUCCAGACAUGUCUCAACGACAUCAUGGGAUACCUAAAGACGUUGGAGAAGCCGUUUGAGGAAGACACACUCUGCAAGAUGGCUUACAGCAUCAUUAGAACCAAGGUUGAUGAGGACAUGGCUAAAAAGCUGUCGAAGAUACUGGUUCAAGCAGUUGAGAAUGCCAUCCAAUCCAAGUUUUUCGACAUAAAUAUGGUGGAAGUGAUCAAGAUGCAGGAGGGGGAUGUGUCUGAAACCACAUAUGUAGAUGGGCUUGUGCUUGACCAUGGAGGAAGACACUAUGCAAUGCCUGAUAAACUCGAGGAUGUUUGCAUCUUGAUAACCAACAUGUCUCUUGAGUAUGAGAAGCCAGAGAUAAAUGCAGAAUUCUGCUAUAGCUCUGCAGAGCAGAGGGAUGAGCUUGCAGGGCGGGAGCGAGAGUUCAUUUUACAAAGAUGCAGGGCGAUUGCCGAGUUUGGAAAGAAAAUCAAAGAAAGCCAUGGAAAAAGACUGAUGGUGGUGUCGGAAAAGGGAAUUGAUCCCUACUCUUUGGAGGUGUUUGCAUCCUCGGGGAUCCUUGCUCUAAGAAGGGCAAAAAGAAGAAAUCUAGAAAGGCUUGUGAGAAUGUGUGGAGGAAGUCUUAUUACACAGGUUAGCCAGCUCAGCGAAAAGGUGCUGGGAUACUGCCAGAAGGUAAGUGUCAGGAAGAUGGGGGACGAGAUGUUUACCUUUAUUGAAGGAACACCAUUCAAAGGGUCUUGUACAAUUCUGAUAAGAGGAAACAGCCAGCAUGAAAUGUCCAGGAUGGAGUCUGGAAUCAGAGGAGCCCUGAAAAGCCUGUAUAUAUCUUUGAAGGGUAAGACGUAUAUUGAGGGAGGCUAUUCUCUUUACAGAUCCUUGAUUUCCUAUAUAAGAAAACAAAUGGACAGUGUUUCCGAAAAGGAUGUGAUCGGAUAUAAGGUCAUGGAAAACUCUUUUCUUAAUGUGACCAAGGCCUUGUUAAGAAACUCUGGAAAGGACAUACAGGAAGAGCUUACAAGGAUCCUUAGAGGAGGGGAAUGUGGGAAUGUUGUUGACAAUGCCUCGGUGGUCUCGGCAGUGAUUUCCAAUUCUACAGUUGUUGCCACAAACCUGCUGCUGGUUGAUGAGAUAAUCAAGGCAGGAAAGCCAAUAAAGGAAAACAAACCUGAAAAUUAA